AUGCGUCUCCCUUCCCUGCACAGCCGCCCAGAGGCUACCUCUUCUUCACCGGCAGCACCAUCAAAACAACGUCGUCAACAAUCAACACUCUCCCUCAAGACCGCCCUCUUCCUCACCACCGCUGCCCUCUGCUCGCUUCUCCCCUCAGUCAUCGCCCAGGCCACCACCCCCGAACAGAUCACCUACAGCUUCCUCGACGAAGAAGGCAACCCAAUCGGCCAGUCCAACCCUCUCCCCAAGGUCAAAUGUACUCCCCUCGCACUCAACGGUCAAACCUACGCCUCCAUCCAAACAUCCGACGGCCGCUCUGCUCUGAACCUCUAUAGCGAUGCAAUGUGCCAGAUCGGCGUUGCAUCGUCCGUUGGAGAGUGGACCAACGUCUCCCCAACUGACGGCAUCGUUGCUGUCCGUUGGGAGGGCGCAGCCCCUGCUGACCGCCCCACUGGCAACGUCAGCCUCGUUACCUUUGAUAAGGGUUUGGAGGCCCAGCCCUACAACCCUGUGGACGACAACGGCACCUCCAAAAAGGAACCCGUCUGGGUCAUGAAUCCCUCUAAGGGUCGCGUUGUUGUCGGCCUCGUGGCGGCCAUUUUGGUCAUCGGAGUCGCCAUCGGUAUCUAUCAGGUCUAUGUUGCCGCCCAGUACAAGCCCCCACCAAAGAAGCCCAAGAAGCCCAAGACUGGAUUGAACAUCAAGAAGAUCAAGAAGAAGGACGCUUUCUACAGAAAGCCCGCCCACACCACCGAGAACGGAGCCGCCUUCCAGCGACUCGAGAACGAUAGCCCCGAGCCUUAUGCAGGAGCAGGAGGUCGUCAGCCAGCGCUGGCCAUGACGGAGCGGUCGAGAGAUAGCCAGCACUCUGAGGCGGCAACGUUUGUGGAUUGGAACAACCAGAGCCAGCAGAGAUCCUCGCCCCUGAGCAGCGGCAAGGGAUUCCAGGAUGGAUUGAAUUCCGUUUCUAUCGACAUGCAAGGCAACAACAACAAUAACAACAACAACGUCUCGCCCUUUGCCAACUCUUUCUCGCCAGACCUAAUGCAUUUUGACAACUCGGGAGGACGGGGUUAUGGUCAGCAACAACAGGGCCAUAACCAGCAGUACAGAGGCCGUGGAGGAGAGGUGCUUGUGCCCAUGGAUACGUUGGACAGCCACAAUCAACAUGGCAACAACCAGUACAACAACAACAACCGGUCUGCUGUCCGCCGCACCAGCAGUUCCCGCUCUCGCUAA